GCGUCGGAUCAGGGUCUUGUGGGCAGACGGCGCCGUCAUCCAUCCCUCUCACAUACACACAGGAGCUCGUGCUCUGGCUCGGAUGUACCUUUUUCUUAGAGAAGUGUUUCAACUUGAGGGUAAAAAUGGCUUACAGGACAGUGGUGAUGUACAUGGAGAUCGGCUGUUUUGUGAUCUGCGUAGCUGGAUGGAUCCUGGUCUGUUCUACCAUGCCCACAGAGAUCUGGACUUGGUCUGAGGUAGACAGCAUAGUCCUGACUACAUCAAACUACUUCUCCAACCUGUGGAAAGACUGUAUAUCGGACUCAACUGGAGUAUCUGACUGCAAAGGAAUUCCAUCAAUGCUUGCACUUAACUGGGACAUUCACAUGUGCCGGGCUCUCAUCAUCAUCUCUAUUAUCCUGGCUUUCUUUGGAUCAAUUCUAGUCUUAGUGGGAAUGAAAUGCACUAAAAUCGGAGGAACGGAGAUUGCAAAUGCAAGAGUGACCUUCGCAGGAGGGAUGAACUACCUUGUCUCAGGGAUGUGCUCUAUGGUGGCUUUCUCCUACUAUGGAAAUAAAAUUAGAGCAGAAUUUCAAGACCCUACCUUCAGAGCUCAAAGAUUUGAAAUAGGUGUUGGCGUCUUUAUCGGCUGGGCAGGCUCCACUUUACUUGUAGUCGGAGGCCUUAUUUACAGCAUCUUUGCAGGGCGGGAGGGCUGUCAAUCCACGUACACUCAGAACCAUACCCUCCUCUCCGGCUCCCAGAUGUCUACACAGCCAUCCCAACAAAUAAAAGUGUUGCAUCUUCAGUUGGAACAGAAAGGAGUGAAAGCAGAAAGUCGAAGACGACAACUGACAGAAGAGCCAGCAGUGUUUCUUUUCUGACAGGCAGCACCAGAACAUCAUCUACAAAUUCAUAUGUGUGACCUCUGCACAAAACUGUUCACAUUAUAUCACAUUCAUUUAAGUUUCUAUUUCAUGUGUACGCAUAAUAAAAUAAAGUCAGUGAUUUUCAGAAUUCAAAUAUAUGGUAUUUGGAACCGUUUACAAUUAUUGCUCCCUGGCAAAUAAUCUAAAAGACAUUCCAGCUGGAAAAAUCAUAAUAACAAAUCAAACAAAUAAUGUAAUAUUUGUUAUGUCAGACAAUGAUUUUUAACAUUUUCUAUUAAAUGAUUUCCAAGUUCUGUAAGACUGUUACAAAUUACAAAACCUAAACUCUCAAUGAAAUUCUUUUUUGAACAUGAAGCAGAAAUACUACAAUUAAAACUGAGGCAUCAAGAAAUAUUGUACUGUUUUCCACAUAACUUGAAAGUAAUGGUCAAAGUUAUAGUUCUGUAAGGUCUUCUUUACCAAAUGCAAUACUCAUAAAACAUGUAAGGCAUUCCAUCACUUGUACUUUUACUAUUUUUGUAUAUUAAGAGGGUGAUUAAUAAAGUGAUCAAUGAACAUCC